CUGCUGGUUGCAUGCGCUGGGCUUGCCAGGUGUUCGUCUCGACCUUCGCGUUCCCAGUCGAAAGUCGAACCACGUCCUUUCCGUCUGGCAGUGGAAGUAGGAAAGCACCGGACAACCCACACGGCAGAUCACCCUCCCUAGAAACUAAUUGCGAUGGGCAACAAGUCCUCGAAAGCUAGCGGCGAGCCGUUCGACGAGUCCGCGCUGAGCACCAGCACGGCGGAUGUCUUUUUCGACAUGCGCAUCGGCAAGGAGCCUAUUGGGCGCAUCGUCUUCCACCUGUAUGACGACGUGACGCCGAGGACCGCGCGCAACUUCCGCGAGCUCUCCACCGGCUCGCAGGGUUUUGGGUACAAGGGCUCCCACAUGCACCGUAUCAUCCCCGAGUUCAUGCUGCAGGGCGGCGACUUCACGCGCGGUGACGGGACGGGCGGGAAGUGCAUCUAUCCGGGGAAGAAGUUUCCUGACGAGAACUUCCGCCUGAAGCACACUAAGCCGUUCCUCCUCUCCAUGGCCAACGCGGGCCCGAACACGAACGGCUCGCAGUUCUUCAUCACCACGGUCGCGACGCCGUGGCUCGAUGGGAAGCAUGUGGUGUUUGGCGAGGUCGUCAGCGGCCAGGAGAUCGUGAAGCGCAUCGAAUCCCUGGGCUCGCGCGAGGGAACGCCGAGGCAGCCCGUCUACAUUGACGAUUGCGGCACUCUCGAGUAAGCGAGGGAAAGACCCGAGUAAGCGCUGGAAAGACCCGAGAAAGCGCUGGCCCGGGCUGGGGAAGCGCGCUUCUAUACCCAAGUUGCUGUCCCGAUUAUUUCAGAAAGACAGUGGAUCAUUCGAACCGGCAAAUUCAGGCUCACGUGUGGCAUGGGUAGAAUUUUCAGUGGUACAGUGGGUUCACGAAGGACAGAGAGACGU